UAUAAAAAUUUAAUUUUAAGAUUUUUAAAAAUUUAUUUUAGAAUAAAAUUUUAUAUAAUUUAUUAUUGAUAGUUUAAGUGUAAUAAAGCAGUAAAACGCUGAUUAUGGAUACAACACUAUGCAAAGAAAAUGAAAAUAUUGCAAUCAAAACUCAUAUAGAUUUAGAAUCAAGUUGCAGAAUUUGUUUAUUAUCAGAUUCUGAAUUAAUAUUAAUUUUUGACCAAUUACAUAGUUUUAAUGGAGUAUCUAUAGCAACUAUGAUAAACGAAUGUUCACCAUACAAGGCAAUUCGGUUUGACGAUUAUCCCCAACAAAUUUGUCUUAAAUGUGUUGAAGAUGUGAAAGUUGCAUAUUCCUUUAGAAAACAUUGUGAAGAUUCAUAUUCAAUUAUUACAGCAUAUUUAAAUGGUGGUCAAGAGCCUUCAAUUACAGAUCUUAAAGUAAUUCCAAAAUUAGAUAAAUGCACGCAAACAGAUGAGAAUUCUGUUCAUCCAUGCGAAAAAUGUGAUCUGAAAUUUUUUACUAUCGAUUCCUUAAGGCUGCACAGAUUAUACAAACAUCGCGGAAGUAAAAACGAAUGUAGAAUAUGUAAGAAAACUUUUCGAAGGGUUGGAGAUCUAACAGGUCAUUACACAAUGUAUCAUCCUGAACUAGGAUUUCAUGAAAACAUUAAUUGUAACAUUUGCGGGAAAAGUUUUGAAAGAAAAACAUACUUGACGAAACAUUUAACCCAGGUCCACAAAAUAUCAAAAGUGCCUAAACCUAUAAAUGAAAAUACUCAACCUUUAAACCAAAUAAAUUCAAAUGCGUCAGAGAAUCAUUUGGAAAUUAAAGAACUUGAAAUUAAUGUCGAUGGAUUAACGAAAAAAGGACAGAGAAAAGGAAAGAAAAAUAUUGAAUCCAAAAAGGCACGUUCGAGAAAGAAAGCCGGGAAAAACAUUGGUAAACAGAUUUUGGAUGAGCUUAGUGAAGAUGAAAUACCGAUCAGCAAAUUAAAGGAAGAUAAAUUAAUAUUAGAACACAAAAUUGAAUCAGAAUCUGCAAUAGAAAAUUUUUCGGAUGCAGAAUUUGAUUUUUCAAAUGAUAUAACAAAUACACAGGAUGAUAGCGAAGAAGAUAAAAUUGAAAUAGGCAACAUUGAAAUAUCAGAAAAUCAGACAAUAGACAAAGAAAUUACUGAACCAGGAAAUGCUGAGAUAAAAGUUAAAACUGAGGAAAAUUCUGAAACUCUUUCAGAAAAUGCUUUAAAUAUAAAUCAGAUAAAAAAUCUGAACUUGAAAAUUCGGACAUGUACUAUAUGUUUAAAAGUUUUUCGAUUUCCCCAUCACUUAAAACGUCAUAUGUUAGCGAAACAUAGUAAUGAAAAACAAUUUAAAUGUACAACAUGUGCAUCAGCUUUCGCAACACCCGAUUAUUUGAAGAGUCAUAUGAAAAAAUGUCCAAUUGAUCGUUCUAUUUCUAGGGCUAGAGUUAAAAAAUAUGACUGUAAAGGCUGUGAAGAAAAAUUUUCAUCAACACGUGCACUUAAUAAUCACAUGAGAGCAGAACAUCCAAAUUUAUUCAAAAAAGUAUUUACCUGUAGUUACUGUUCUUCAUCAUUUCAAACUAGACAUGAAUGCACUGUGCAUACAAAUACUCUUCACGAAAAUGACAAGGAAUAUUUAUGUACUCAAUGUGGACAACGGUUUGUUCGUAACAGAGCUUUAGAAAUACAUAUGAGAAGACAUCGUGGAGAAAAAAAUCAUAAAUGCAAAUUUUGUGGAAAAGGUUUUGUUCGAGCUGGUGAUAAAGAUUUACAUGAAAAAUAUCAUACAGGCGACAAACGUUUUAAAUGUGAAAUUUGUGGUCAAGGUUUUGUAAGAAAUUAUAGUUUAAGAGUUCAUAUGAGAAUACAUACUGGAGAAAAACCAUAUCGCUGUGAAAAUUGCCCAAGAACAUUUGCACAAAGUAAUGAUCUUAAAACUCAUGUACGUCGCGAUCAUACUGGCGAGAGAUACGUCUGUGAGAUUGAUAACUGUGGGGAAAGUUUUCUUCAAUUAUAUUUAUUAAAUAGACAUAAAAGAAACGUACAUAAUAUAUCUGCGGCAUCACAUAUUCAAAGAGUAAAAAAGGUUUAUGAAAUAGAUGCAAAUAGCAAAGAUAUUUUCAUUGUAGGAAGUUAA